UAUCCAGAGAGACCAGACCAAGAGCGAAAUCCAUCCCCACCGUCCCCUCCCUCCACCUCCUGACCUCCUUCCUUCCCGGCAGCAAUGGUGACGGGCCCCUGGUGAGCCGAGCAGCCAGCCAGCCCGCCCUGGCUCGCCGAUGGCGUGCCUGGCGCCGCAGUUCAAGUGGGCUCCUUCCGCCACCGCCCACGCGACCUCCUCCUCAUCCAGGUGCUCCGCCCUCCGCGUCCACUGCGCCGUUACUUCCGCCGCCGCCGUCGUCGACACCGACCGCGCCAACGGCGGCGGUGCCGCGCAGCUCAGGCUCGCCUUUUCCGCGCCGGCGCUUCAGAGAAACUUUGAGUCCACUCUGGCAUCAGAGGCACUUCUGAAUGAAGAAGCUGUAGUAGAAGCUGCAGCAGCAGAGGCAGUUGCUCUUGCCAGAGCAGCUGCUGAAGCUGCUCUAGAAGUUGUUCAGAUGGUACAAAAUAACAAUCAUCAGCCAGUGAUUAGACAAAAGAAGGUCGUGGACAGCUACUUGGCAAAUGAAAUUCUUCGCACAGAGAUACAACCAAGCAGCCCUGAUGGAUAUGCUAAUGAUGUUUUGCUGGAGGACUUCGAGUCCUACGGUAUCAUGGCCGGUGGUGGUGAAUUAGAUGAUGAUGCACAGUACACUGAGAACAUAGCUGUGAAGUCUGCUCGCCAGUCCGAGAGAAGAGCUAGGAGAACCAGAGCAGCAAUAAAGGCUGCGACAACUGUCCGCGCUUCACAAAAAACUGCAACAUCCUCAAAGAAGAAACGACCCAAGGGUUCCUCACCUAGCAUGAAUCCUUUAGGUUCCUUGUGGAAGAUGACUGGCAGGAGACUUCUUACAGCUAAGGAAGAAGUUGAGUUCUCAGAAGGUAUUCAGGAUCUUUUGAAGCUUGAGGCAAUCCAAGCUGAGCUUACAGAAUACAAUGGUGGACAACCAACAUUCUCGCAGUGGGCAACAGCAGCGAGAACUGAUGAGAAAACUUUGCGGAAGCGUCUAGAUCAUGGUAUCUAUUGCAAGAACAGAAUGGUAACAUCUAAUGUGAGACUUGUAAUCUCCAUUGCCAGGGAGUUUGAAGGCCCUGGAAUGGAUCUUUAUGAUCUUAUUCAGGAAGGAAUGCAAGGCCUUAUAAGGGGAGCUGAAAAAUUUGAUGCGUCAAAAGGUUUUAGGUUCUCUACAUAUUCUCACUGGUGGAUCAAACAAGCAAUGCGCAAGUCUGUCUCAGAGCAGUCCCAAAUAUUUCGCUUGCCAGCUCACAUGGUUGAAGCAAGUUACCGUGUAAAGGAGUGCACAAAACGACUUCGCCGUAAGCUUAGAAGACGACCCACUAAUGAAGAAAUAGCAGUGGACACUGGUAUGCCAAUCAAACGAGUAGAGGCAGCAGUAAACCUCCCUAAGUACAGUGUAUCCCUUGACAGUAAAAUUGGUUCCACAGACAUGACUUAUCAGGAAGUCACAGCCGAUCCCAGUGCCGAGACAGCUGAAGAGAUGCUGAACAGAUUGUCCAUGAAGAAGGAUGUGCACCAGGCACUGGACACUCUGACCGCGCGCGAGAAGCAAGUUGUUGUGCUGAGAUUUGGACUUGAGGAUGGUCGGAUAAGAACCCUGCAGGAGAUUGGCAAUAUCAUGGGUGUGAGCAGGGAGCGGAUUCGGCAAAUCGAGUCUGGUGCUUUUCGGAAACUAAGGAGCAAGAAAAGAGUGAAGGCUCUGAAGGAUUAUCUGGUGCCAGUAGGCAAUUGGUGAACCAUUUUGUUUAAGGAUCAUUUUUUUCCGUUUUGAAUCCCUCAGUUUUUUCUUUGAGGAUUCUUUA